AUGCUCAACUCCCACCACCACGGAGGAGGUGCGGCGCUGCUGCUGCCGCUCUUGCUGCUUGCCUUUGUGGCCGUCUCGAACGCUGCCGACCCGUGCUACAACACUGUGGCGCAGCCCGGCCGCCUGUGCACAAGCAUUAGGUGUGCAGCAACGAGCAAUACAACGGCCUACCCGCUGCCGGCCGGGGAGACCUACGCCAGCUUCUAUUCCUGGGUUCUUGGCAUCCUCGGUGUGGACGGAGGAAACGUGAAGAUGGCCUACGUCGACCACACGACGACGGACCCCAACAUCUUUUUCGCCCCCAACCAGGUGGAUUGCUACGUCAACGUGUCGUUUGUCUACGAGGUCGCGGCCUACCGCAACCGCAUGGGUGUCUUCAAGUUCAACAGGACCUCAGUACCGACCUCCGUCUCGGGCGUGGUGUCGCCGUCGACCCUCUUCGCCGAGACCUCGGUCGACUGCACACGCACGGACGGCGGGUCGUGCCUGGCGCCCGGUUCGACGCGCACCUUGGGUCCGUUCUCUAGCAGCGACGGUGUCGGGUUCUACCUUGACCCCAACCAGGUCUGCGGCUCGCCUGGUCGAUUUUACUCGGUCGACGCCCUCAACACUGCCACUGCUCGGUGGCGGCUGAUCCCCAGCCUGCACAAGCGCCUCGUGGCAGUGCUGCGUGACCCCAACACCAAGCGCGUCUACUUUGGCUGGGAGGACAGUCCCGAUGGCUCUGAUUCGGACUACAACGACGUCAUGUUCUCGGUGACAUCGAGCUGCGCGCUGGACUACACCAAGAUCCCGUGCGCGGGCGUGGCGACCUGCCGCAAUGCGCAACAGCAGUUCAUGCAGGCGACGUGCGAGUGCACGUGCGUGAACCAGACCUCGUGCCCUGCGCCGCAGCCAGACGUGCCAGUGCGAAUGCCCGCCCAGCCCGACGCCCACGUCGAGUCCUUCACGCACGCCGUCGAGCAGUCCGUCGCCUUCCAUCAGCACUUCGCCCUCGACAUCUCCGACGCCGUCCAACACGCCCACGCCCCCGACGGCUUCCUCUUCGCCCUCUGCCUCGCCGUCAAGCAGCCCAUCGACUAG